GAAGGGCAAGAGCCAUCUUUUCAGGAUCUUUGCCAGUUCGUUUCUACAGAGGCAAGAGUGGCACGAAGCCGAUAUGGACACCUCGUUUCAGAGGGCCUUAACCGCCCGAACGCCCAAGUUUCACUAAAUAGACAGGUUCAUCAUGGGGGCACAUCAUUCGCAAUACAGGUAGAAAGGACCCCUGCACCCAAGCUACUGUGUAUCCUCUGUAGGUCAGACCAUGCUACUGCUUCAUGUCAGAAGUUCGUUGGAUUGGAUGUGCGAGACAGAUGGAGCUGCGUCCACCGCCAUAGAGCAUGCUUUUUGUGCUUAGAGGUCGGACAUCGUAUCGAUCACUGCGUAUCGGGUAUAAAGUGUUCCAAAGCCCAUUGCAGUGGUAAACAUCACCCACUGCUACAUGUUGAACCGAUCGUAAAUCAAGUGGCAGAACAGGCGACAUGCGCUGCUACUAUACAUUAUGGAACGGCAGUUAUGCUAGGUGUGAUCCCCGUCAAGGUGCGGGCCCACGGUAAGGAAAUAGAAACUUAUGCCUUUCUGGAUAACGGCUCCGACGUUUCCUUGGUUACGAAGGAUCUAUUAAGCAGCUUAGGCCUAGAGGGCACGCCAUCGUCUAUGACCUUAACAACAAUCAAUGGUGCGAGUCAGGUUCAGGGCAACAUGUGCGAACUGGAAGUCGCAUCAAUGGAUGAAAAUGCAAUGAUAAAACUUGACAGAGUGUUCGCGUUGCCAUCCUUGCCAGUCAGUGCACCCUCACUAUCGAUAUCACAAGAGGCCCGUCGCUGGCCACAUCUCCAGGAAUUACCAUUCCGCGAACUUGAUGAUAAAAGGGUCACAAUGCUCAUAGGCUGCGAUGUUCCCGAAGCGCAUUGGGUCCUCGAUCAGCGUUUGGGUAGUCGCAAACAACCUUACGCAAUCAAGACAUUGCUCGGUUGGGUCUUGCUAGGGCCACUUCAUGGAAAUACGAAAAGAGGCACUGUCAACUACGCUCGAAUCAGCGAAGAGAGUAUCAAAGAUGACAUCAAAAGGCUAGAUGAAGCUGAGUUUAGGGAUACUGAAGAAAACGAACACUCAUUUUCUAUCGAAGAUCGUAAGGCAGUCGAGCUGGUUACUCAAAGCACCGUCUUAGAAAAGGAGCAGUACAUCAUUCCCCUGCCAUGGAAAGAUCCAGCAAAGGUAACGGAAAAUAAUUAUAUAGUCGCCAUAAAUCGGUUAUUCAGUCUGAAAUGGAGGUUAUCGCGUGACAAGAACCUUUUAGCACGAUAUGUGGAUGGGAUAAAUACGAUGUUAAAAAAUGGUUAUGCCCUUCCGGUACCCCUAGAGCAGCUAGCAGCCAACUAUCGACCGAGGUGGUAUCUUCCACAUCAUCCCGUAAAGAAACCGAAAAAGCCAGAUAAACUGAGAAUAGUUCUAGAUUGCACCGCAACCUUUGGAGGCUAUUCUUUGAACGAUAAGCUAUAUGAAGGACCUGAUACGAUUACCGAGCUUGUUGGUGUUCUGUUGCGCUUUCGAGAAAAGCCUAUUGCUGUAGUCGCGGACAUAGCUGAUAUAUUUAUGCAAGUGAAAGUGCCACUAGACGAUCGACGAGCAUUACUAUUUCUGUGGUGGAAAAAUGGUUUUCUAGACGAAGAGCCGCAGGAGUUUCAGAUGACAGCGCAUCCGUUUGAGGCAAAUUCAUCACACUUCUGCGCGAACUACGCGUUGAGAAAGGCAGUAGAGAACUUUGGUUGCUUAUAUCCGGAAACAGUGAGAGAGCCGGGCACGAGGGUUAUUCGGUGUAACAUGAUUCAGAAAAUCCUAGUCGGAUUUUGGGGGCCGGUGUAAGAUCAAUUCAAUUCCUAUCCUUGAAUCAAGUCAACCUGUCCCGGAUCAGCCUAGCAUUGUUGCAACACAAUUAUCCAUGCCCAACGUGUCUAUCCCACCUUGUUUAAUUAACUGUGUAUGUGUGUUUUUACUUCUAUCCUUUUAGUCAGACAGUUGAACUCAUGACCCAAUCAGAGUAUUUUGUGAACUGUUAUUUUGCUGACCCAUGUCUUAUUUGUACUAUUAUGUUGAGUUUAUCUUAUUUAUUGAUUGGUUAAGUAGCCAAUUAAAUUCUGUCUUUGUGCCUAUGCUUUGUUUAUCUCUUACUUGGGUU